CGAAUCAUGAGUAAAAGUAUUGUGUUUUUUUCUACCGUUCUUGUUUUUCUCUUCUCUUUCUCAUAUGCAACUCCCGGGAUUGCAACUUUUUACACAAGUUACACUCCAUCAGCAUGUUACAGAGGUACUCAAGAAGGAGUGAUGAUCGCUGCAGCGAGUGAUACAUUAUGGGACAAUGGUCGAGUUUGUGGCAAAAUGUUCACCGUGAAAUGCAGCGGACCUCGUAACGCCGUGCCUCACCCUUGCACGGGGAAAUCCGUGAAGGUCAAGAUCGUUGACCAUUGUCCCAGUGGCUGUGCUUCUACGCUCGAUCUUUCUCGAGAAGCUUUUGCUCAGAUCGCUAAUCCUGUCGCUGGGAUUAUUAACAUUGAUUAUUUUCCGGCCUAAACGUCGAUGAAGCUAUCAAGGAAAAUAAUGCUCAAGUCUAGAAAGUCCUAAUGGAAAAUGUACACACAUCAUGACUUUUGUAUAGUAUUUCAAAAUAUGAAUAAAAUCGUCGAGAGCUUACACAGAAUAAGAUAACCAAUCAAAGUAAAC